AUGGUUGCAGAACCUGUCCUGGCAACAGUUCAAGUGCUAAAUAAAGUGAUAAAUGACACUAGUGCUUUUAUAAACAAACAACUGGAAAAAAUACAGAACUCGGACCUGUUGCAUAAAAUUUUUCAUCAUGAACCAACUUUUAAUCCACCACCGCAACCACCAUCUCACAUUAAAUCCCUAUUUAGCCAUGUGAUGGAGAACAUCAGCAGGAAUAAGGUCAUAUAUGUAUCAUUGAUUGGGUUAGGACUAGGCUAUGGUGUCCUUCAACUUCGGGAUCGAUUUUAUGAGCGUGAUACAGAACGAAUUAAUAGGAGAGUCCCCAAACUACCUAACGGUGCUCGAAGCGAUGCAGUUUUUCUCAUGGGCUCUAUAACUGAUCACUUAACACGAAUAACUGCAUAUGACCUAGGAAAGAGAGGGUUCACCGUGUUUUGCUCAAUUUUAGAUUCAACCGAUGUCAAAUACAUUGCUUCAAACAAAAUCAGUGAAGAAAUAAGAUUUGUGGAUUUCACUAGGAAGUCUAUUGAGAGUGCAGUUGGUGAGCUAAAUGAGAUUUUGAAAUCCCCAGUUGUGCCAUUCGCCAAUGCCGACCCACAUAAACUCAAUUUAAAAGCAAUUAUUUUUGCUCCUAGCUGGCAUUUCCCAGUCGGUCCAAUUGAAAGCACUAGCAUCAGUACAUGGAAGAAGCUAAAUAGUCGAAUACAAAUGGUAAUGGAAGUGAUGACUUGUGGGUUGUUGCAAAUUGCAAGGAACCAGAACUCCAAAUUCAUUUUACUAUAUUCUAGCAUCAGCAACUUGGAUCUUCCUUAUCAUGCACCAGAAUCAAUUUUUCAAAAUGAGGUUAGUCAUUUGUUUACCAUAUUAGGACGCGAAUUACUGCAAUAUGGAAUAUCGGUAACUCAAAUCCCACUAGGCAACCUAAGCAUCUCAAAUCAAAAGAUCAACUCUAGCACCAGAGUUGAAAGUUUAGUCAACACGGAGAUCAGAACUUGGACAUCGGAAAUGAGAGAUUUGUAUGCCUCGGAUUUUGCCAAGAUCCAACACAAGAGUAAUGGAAUAAGAGGAAGUGGAGGUAAAGGUACUCCAAUGAAGCAAUUGUUUCACUUAAUCUUUGAUGUGAUUUAUGCAAACAAAACCCCUGCUGUGGUCUUUUGUGGUAAAGGUGCUCGUUUCUACUAUUGGUUAGCAAGAAUAUUGCCUAUAUCUUGGCUCGAGUGGUAUAUAGCUUGGUAG